AUGGUGGGAAGUAGAGCAAGCGAUGCGAAGCUCGGGGAGCCCUCAGAACGUCAACCGCUUUCGUCAAAAGAAAAUGGAAAAGCACCUAGCCGGAAGGAAGAAGAAGAAGCUGCAGAAGAAAAGGAAGCCGAAGAUAGAGGGAGAACCGUCUCCAGCGCACCAAUGGGAGAAGGGGACCCUCAAGGACAAGAUCAUCAUCAUGGCCCUUUUAUUCUUUCUCUUGUUUCUGUCCGGUCCCUUCUGUGUGUUUUUUCUAAGGCUACUCUGGGGGCUCUGGGGCAUCCAAUUCCUCUUCUUUUGCUGCUGAUCUCACGUCGAGAGCAGCUCCUUCUUGUUCAGGGUCAUCAGAUGAGAGAUCUUCCUCCGACUUCGAGAAAUCAGUCAAGCGGGAGGCUACCCUCGACUCACCUUUAUAUCUAAAAAACACCCCUCCCCAGAGGAGAGCAGAAGCUCCAGGAUGAGUAUGUCCUGGAUUCCCGGAUUCAUUCUCGUCCUGAUACACUAUGGAAUUUUCGAAAUCGACAAAAACAUUCUAGGAGAAGGCUCGGUUUGAUCUUCUCAAAGAUCAUAAGGUGCUGAAGUGGCAGGAGUUGGGGGCGAUCUUUAGCUUUUUGUGAAAGGGAUGCUCUUAUCAUGUUAUUUCCAAAAAGAA